GGGGGUUGUUGCUGCUCUGGGCUGGGGCAGUUGAGGACGAGCUGAGGCAGUUGAGGAAAACCUGAAGGUGACCUGGGGCAGUUGAAGGUGACCUGAGGCGGCUGAGGAAGAACUGAGGAAGAGCUGGGGUGCCUGAGGAGGAGCUGAGGCACCUGAGGAAAGGCUCAGGCAGCAAAGGAAGAGCUGAGGCAGAACUGAGGAAUCUGAGGCCUGAAAAUUCAUCUUAUCAGUGUGUGUGGCCUCCAGCCCCUUCAGUGUGUGUGUGCCUCAUCCCCUGCCACCGCCUCACAGGUAUUCGCCAUUCCCUGGUGGAGACCCCUGAGGGAACACCUUCAGGAGCCAGCCCAUGGGAAGCUCACCACAGCGUCACUUUGGGACAACCUGAGGAGAAACUUCUUCCAGAGACACCACUGCUGGUGUCACGCUGUGCUGGUGAUAUCUGGGAGAGAUUUGGCUGCCACCAAGGACUGUGUGGCACCGGCAGCCAUUCCAGGAGUCCUGGGAAAGCAGCUCUGUGUCUCUGCUCCUGCACCAGCAAUGGAUGCACUGGGCUGCAGCUUGGCCACGCUCUGAACAUUUGCUGUACUGCACUCCAGAUGUGGCUGCCUCUCACAGACAGGGCAAAGAGACUUCACCAAGUGAAGGGAGGCCAUCAAAUUCACACUGUCUUCAUCUGAGACCACCUCCAAAACAAAGAACCUGACUUCUCUCCUUGCUUUGUACACUGGAAUGGACCUUGAAGCCUGUGACUUCUCAGUGCAAGAAUGAAGUGAAUUUAGAGCUAAAAACGAGGCAAGAAACCAGGCCUUGAAAUCUCCGAAAGGUAGGAGAGACUUCAGACUGCAAUGGGCAGUUACUGGCAUUGCUGUAGAGACAUCCUGAACGACGUGUUGGAAAAGGAAGUGCACAGGACAGUCUUUCUGCAUUGUGAACAUGUGUGAGACCCCCAUGCAAAGCUGUGCUCUGUUCUGACUCCAAGUCUCCUCAGACAUGGCCGAGGAAAAUGCACCUGAAAGAACUAUAUGCACUGACGCAGCCUCAGGAAAACCCACAAUGGCUGCCAAGCGCAAAGGCGGCCUGAAGCUAAAUGCCAUCUGUGCCAAGCUGAGCCGCCAGGUCGUCUUCGACCACGGGGGAGCCGAGCAGGCGCGCGCCGACAAGGGGCCGCAGCGGGACAGCGGCAACAAGGACCUGCCUCAGCCCGGCACCAAGGAGCUGGGGACAGAGUUCUCAGAUGGACUCAGCCGCGUGCAGAAGAUCGAGGAGGACAAAAGGAGGGAGGUGAUUGAGAAGUGGGUGAACGGGGAGUACAACGAGGAGCCCUUGCUGGGGCGAGUGGAGGGCAAGGAAUGUAAGGGCGCCGAGAGCGCGGAGGUGCCCCCAGAAGGGGUUUACAUGGUGCAGCCCAAGGGCUGCAGCGACGAGGAAGAUAAUGGGGACGAGGCAGAUGCUCUGAGGGGCUCGCAGGAUGGCAACUUCUUGGACGACAGGGAUUCAGAUGGGCCAGCCUUGAAGGAUGAUGCCUACCGGUCCUCCAGUGGUGAGCCAGGCUCCAAGCUGGGGGCAGGAACCACCUCAGGGGAAGCGUCGUCGCUGCAGGAUUACGCCGCCACCACCAUGAACGAGUUCCUGGGCAUGUUCGGCUACGACGACCAGAACAUGCGGGACGAGCUGGCCCGCAAGAUCAGCUUCGACAAGCUGAACGCCGCUACCUCAGAGGCCGCCGCCGCCGCCGCGCUGCCCGGCGAGGACGCCAUGAGCAAACGCGCCCGCUUCUCCAAGUACGAGGAGUACAUCCGCAAGCUGAAGGCCGGGGAGCAGCUCUCGUGGCCCAUGCACUUGGCCAAGUCCGAGGAGCUGGGCCCCAAGCUGGGCAAAGAACCUUCCUCGGUGCUGGCGCAGCCCAUUCGGGUGCCGGGUCCAGACGCCUCCCUGCUGACGGAGACCAAAGCCACCAUCCUACCACUGCCCUCUCCCAGCAGCUCCCAGAUGCAGGGCCUGAUGUCACGGGCCUCCAAGUACGACUUCUUCAUUCAGAAGCUGAAGACGGGUGAGAGCAUCAGGCCACAAAACGGCAACACGUACAAGAAGGCCUCCAAGUAUGACCUUGAAAACGUCAAGUACUUGCACCUUUUCAAGCCUGGAGAAGGAAGCCCAGAUAUGGGAGGAGCCAUCGCCUUCAAGACAGGCAAGGUAGGCCGGCCUUCCAAGUAUGAUGUGAGGAACAUUCAGAAGCUUACUCCAGUAAAAGCUCCAGCUCCCAGCCUGGCCCCUGCUCCCCUCGCCAGCACCCCCAGCAGCACUCCCGUGGCCGGGCCAGAGCAGUCCGUCUCAUUGCCAUUCAACACUCCCGAGUACCUGAAAUCAACCUUCUCCAAGACAGACUCCAUCACAACUGGAACAGUCUCUACAGUAAAGAAUGGAUUACCCACUGACAAACCAGCCGUCAGCGAAGAUGUAAAUAUUUACCAGAAGUAUAUUGCCAGGUUCUCGGGCAGCCAGCACUGUGGGCACAUACACUGUGCAUACCAGUACAGAGAACAUUACCACUGCCUCGACCCUGAGUGCAACUACCAGAGAUUCACCAGUAAACAGGAUGUGAUCCGGCACUACAACAUGCACAAGAAGCGGGAUAACUCCCUGCAGCACGGCUUCAUGCGCUUCAGCCCCCUGGACGACUGCAGCGUGUACUACCACGGCUGCCACCUCAACGGCAAGAGCACACACUACCACUGCAUGCAGGUGGGCUGUAACAAGGUCUACACGAGCACCUCUGACGUGAUGACCCACGAGAACUUCCACAAGAAGAACACUCAGCUCAUCAACGACGGGUUCCAGCGGUUCCGCGCCACGGAGGACUGUGGCACUGUGGAGUGCCAGUUCUAUGGGCAGAAAACCACUCACUUUCACUGCAGGAGACCUGGGUGCACAUUCACCUUCAAGAACAAGUGUGACAUUGAGAAGCACAAGAGCUACCACAUCAAAGAUGAUGCCUAUGCCAAGGAUGGCUUCAAGAAGUUCUACAAGUACGAGGAAUGCAAGUAUGAGGGCUGUGUCUACAGCAAGGCCACCAACCACUUCCACUGCAUCAGGGCAGGCUGUGGCUUCACCUUCACCUCCACCAGCCAGAUGACCUCCCACAAACGCAAACACGAGCGCCGGCACAUCCGGAGCUCGGGAGUGCUGGGCCUGCCUGCCUCUCUCCUGGGCUCCAAGGACAACGAGCAGGAGGAGUCCAGUAACGACGACCUCAUUGACUUCUCUGCCAUGAGCUCCAAGAACUCCAGCCUGAGUGCCUCCCCGACCAGCCAACAGUCUUCCGUGUCUCUCAUCGUCCCGGCCGCGCCCUCCUCUGCGGCCGAGCUCGCUUCCUCACAGGCCACCAAGGCUGCCAACAGCAUGACACCAGCCACCAAGAUCUCUGGCCUGCUCUCCCAGGCUCUUCCCAGCAAUAUACCCUUGGCCCUGGCACUCUCCAACUCAGCACUUCCUGGGACAGCUGGAUCCUUCUUCCCCAUCAUCCCCAGUCGGGUCUCUACACCACUGCCUGCCAGCUCGGCUAAUCUGAUGACUGCUGGUUCUUCUGGCGCCAAUCCAACAUCAUCUGCUCCUACAGAUUCCUCAUCCCAGGCAGUCUCAGGAUCUGGUGAGCCAGCGACUACUUCCUCUCCAGCUCCAGCAGCAUCUAUAAUGGAAAGGAUCUCUGCUAGCAAGGGAUUAAUCUCUCCUAUGAUGGCCAGGCUGGCAGCAGCUGCACUCAAGCCCUCUGUGGCACUUGAAGCAGGGAAUGGACAACCAGCAGCUCCCGGACGGUUCAAUCCAGUCCAGGUGAAGCAGGAACCUGCGGAGGCCAUGGGAUCAUCAUCUGCCACCAGUCAGGACUCCCUGCAGGAGCACAGCUUGGACCUGAGCGUCAAGGAUCACGGUAAUGAAUCAAAUGGCCACACAGUCUCGGCAAAUUCAUCUCUUUUAUCCUCGCUUAUGAAUAAGAUGUCCAAGACCAGUGCCAGCCUUGGCAACCUGCUGAACAUUAAGACAGAAGGUGAUGGCAGCCAGGCUGGGGCUGGGGAGCCAACCCAGUACUUGGGCAAGGCAGUGAAGGCCCUUGUCCAGGAGAAGCUCUCUGAGCCGUGGAAGAUGUACCUGCGCCGGUUUGGCACCAAGGAUUUCUGUGAUGCCCAGUGUGACUUCCUGCACAAGGUGCAUUUCCACUGCGUGGUGGAGGAAUGUGGGGCCCUGUUCAGCACCCUGGAUGGAGCCAUCAAACACGCCAAUUUUCACUUCCGAACUGAGGGUGGAACUGUGAAAAGUAACUCUGAGUCUCCCUUCUCAACCACUACUGAGAAUAAAGCUUCACUGGCCCCUUCAUCACCAUCUGCUACUUCUGCCACCAUGGCAAGUGCUCCUGCCCUCGACGUGCCCACUCCAAGUCCAGCUGCUGUGCCCUCUGCCCCCACACUGCUGGCUUGGAAGCAGCUGGCUUCCACUAUACCCCAGAUGCCUCAGAUCCCAGCAUCAGUGCCUAACCUGGCAGCUUCACCCUUGGCAACGACUUCCCUGGAGAACGCCAAGCCUCAGGUCAAACCCGGAUUUCUCCAGUUCCAGGAGAAUGAUCCCUGCCUGGCAACAGACUGCAAGUACGCCAACAAAUUCCACUUCCACUGUCUCUUUGGGAACUGCAAGUAUGUGUGCAAAACCUCUGGCAAAGCAGAAUCCCACUGCCUGGACCACAUCAACCCCAACAACAACCUGGUGAACGUGCGAGACCAGUUUGCUUAUUACUCCCUGCAGUGUCUCUGUCCCAACCAGCACUGUGAAUUCCGGAUGCGAGGGCAUUACCACUGUCUGCGUCCUGGCUGCUACUUCGUGACAAACAUCACCACCAAGCUGCCCUGGCACGUGAAGAAACACGAGAAGGCAGAGAGGAGGGCAGCCAACGGCUUCAAGUAUUUUACCAAGAGGGAAGAAUGUGGCAGAUUGGGUUGCAAAUACAACCAGGUGAACAGUCACUUCCACUGCAUCCGAGAGGGCUGCCAGUUCUCCUUCCUGCUCAAGCACCAAAUGACAUCCCACGCCAGAAAGCACAUGAGGAGGAUGCUGGGGAAGAACUUCGAUCGCGUUCCCACUCAGGUUAUUGGCCACACUCCAAGAAAUGAGAAUCUCCCCCAGGUUGGCAGCAUGGCACCCAGCCCAGCCUCAUCAGGAACCCCAGCUUCCUUCCAGGGACCCCCCAGCAUGAUGGACACGGAAACAGAUGAGUACAUGGAUUACACUGGCUGUAGCCCUGGGGGGAUCUCCUCGGAAUCCUCCAACAUGGACCGCAGCUGCUCCAGCACUCCAGUGGGCAAUGAAAGUACAUCAGCAGGCUGCCUGGUUCCUUCUACUGCUACUGCUGCUGCCGACGAUGCCCACACUGCACCACAACCUCCACCACCAUCUCUGCCUCCAUCUUUCUCACAAGCCCUGCUUAGGUCUCCCCUCCCCACCCUGCCCUAUCUCUUCUCUCCAUCUUGUCUCUCGUACUCCCUGCUCAGUGCCACUCUGGGAGCCAGCAGAGGCAUUGUCAUGCCUGCCGCCAGCACCGCUGGGUUCUCGCCCAUCAUUGCCACUCCAACUCCAGUAAAAAGUGACGUUCCCUUAGUGCAGGAUGCAGCAGGGAACACCAUCACUAUGCCAACUGCCUCGGGGGCCAAAAAGCGCUUCUGGAUCAUCGAGGACAUGUCCCCGUUCGGGAAGCGCCGCAAGACCGCGUCCUCCCGCAAGAUGCUGGAUGAGGGGAUGAUGCUGGAGGGAUUCCGGCGCUACGACCUCUACGAGGACUGCAAGGACUCCAGCUGCCAGUUCUCCCUCAAGGUGACCCACUACCACUGCACGCGGGAGAACUGCGGCUACAAGUUCUGCGGCCGCACCCACAUGUACAAGCACGCGCAGCACCACGACCGCGUCGACAACCUGGUGUUGGAUGAUUUCAAACGCUUCAAGUCUUCGCUGAGCUGUAACUUCCCAGACUGUCAGUUCUCUGGCAAUAGCACACACUUCCACUGUCUGCGCUGCGGCUUCCGCUGCACUGACAGCACCAAGGUGACGGCUCACCGCAAGCACCACGGCAAGCAGGACGUCAUCAGCGCCGCGGGCUUCUGCCAGUUCAGCUCCAGCGUGGACUGCGAGGUGCCCGACUGCAAGUACAAACUCAAGUGCUCCCACUUCCACUGCACCUACCCUGGCUGCAAACACACGGUGGUGGGCAUGUCACAGAUGGACUCGCACAAGCGCAAGCACGAGAAGCAGGAGCGGGGGGAGCUGCCUGCCAUCUCCCCCGGCCCCGAGGGCCUCGCCCACUCCACCCUCGAGUAUGACAUCCAGAACUCUUCCAUCAACCUGGACAGCUCCCUCAACCUCAGCACUGACAACAACAGCUCCCUCUUCUUCCUGCAGAACGCGGCCGGCGUGGGCCUCAACGACUCCCUGGACCUCAGCAAGAAACAGGCAGAGGCCACCGAGGGCCCGUCCCCGAGCAGAGCCGGGACCGCGGCCCAGGAGAGGGGCCCGGGGGCAUCGGGCUCUGGUGAUGUGGAGGACGAGGAUGACUCUUCCCAAGAGGAUGAAGAGGAUGAUGAGGAGGAGAUGAAUGAAGAAGAGGAGGAUGACGAAGAGGAGGAUGAUGAUGAUGACGACGAGGAGGACGAUGAAGAGGAAGACCUGAACACGGAUUCUGAAGAAUCGCUGCCUGACCCUGAAGGCCUGGCCACUAAAGAAGAUGGAGAACCAGAGGAGGCUGCUUCUUCCACAGACCAUGGCGAUGCUUCCAGGCCACAGGGCGAGCCAGCCCUCACUCCAGCCCCAGCUCCUGCUCCUGCUCCUGCUCCAGCUCCAGCUCCAGCUACUGCCCCAGCCUCCACCACUGCUCCAGCAGCUUCUCCUUAAUCCAAGAAACAACGACGGCAGUGGUUUGGUUUUGCUCUUACACAGAAUUACUAAGAGGACCCUAUGUGAGGCGAGAACAAAGAUUGGGAUGGCAAAUGAAAAAACAAACUCCGUGCCACACACACGAGAGAGAGGAAGGAAGGAAACCCCUGCUCCUCCCCAGGCCCCAUAAGAGAUCGGUUUGCAGCAGGACUGGUGCUGCCUCAUCCAUUCUACAGAUCCCGGAACAGGGGGCAGGAUGCAGCAAAAAAUACCCUUUAUAUGGACAUGAACCUUGAGGGUACCCGCUGCUCUUCCCUGCUCCCUGCAUGGUGCGUGGGGCCUGUGCCCAUCUGGGGACCCUUUGUUAUGGGUGGGGCUCUAUCCCCCCAAUUUUCUUUCUGGGUUUUAUUUUUCCAUGUUUUCAGUUGUACGAUAAUAAUAAUAAUCUCCACUUCUUGGAGGGGGGUGGGUGGGAACAACAGGUAAUGAAUUUUAGAGAUAUAUAUUUGUGUGUGUGUCUCUCUAUAUAUAAUGUACACACACACACACAUAUAUAAAAUUCAAGGAAUUGGUGUCACAGAGACAAGUAGCUCAGCUUUUGCCAGUGGGAAGGAGGGGUGAGGGGUGUGCUCUCUCUCCACCCCUCCCCCUUCUUUCUCCAGCAUUAAAUGAAUGGCAUCAGACAACCAGGGUGGGAGUGGGUAUUUAUUGUCACAUAAAUGAGGACGCAUUAAUGAACGAGCAGGGGUGGGAACGGGACACUCCUCUGUUCUUCCAGAUCCUUUUUACUGUUAAUGAUAAUAAUUUUGAAAGCUAUUUAUAUUGUAAAACUUUCUCAGUCUACACUUUCUCUGUAGGACACCUCUCCUCAUCCCUGCCGCUCUGCCUGUAGGGAUUUAGCUGAAGUAACCUGGGAAGAACACAGCAGGCAGUCACAGGGUCUGUCACACUGGAGGACUGGGGUUAAUCCGCCAUCCAGUUCCAUCUCAUCCCAACCCCCAGGUGCUUCCUCUCUGCUGAGGGCGAGGCGUUUUUGUGGUGCUUCAGUAUCCCCAUCUCAGGAGGUUGUGAGCUUCCCUGUCCCACAGGGAGCACCGUGCUCAGAGGAGCGUCCAGGCUCUGCCCCGAGCGCUGGCACCAGGACAGGAAUGUCCCGUGCCCAGCCCUGUCCCCAGCCUGGCACCAGGACAGGACAGACACGGAGCUCUGGUGACUCUGGGAGAGGCCGAGGCAGCGCUGCCGAGGCAGGAGGAGGCAGGACAGGCCCGGGGUCCGCGGUGGGUGUCCUGCUCGGCCCUGGGCGGGAGGGGACACGCCUGUCCCGCUGCAGCCCCCGGGCAGCGCUGGGGAGGUGCCGAGCGGGAGCGGCCGCAGGGCCGGGGCCACGCGGAGAACUCGGACAGGGAGGGCCGGGGGCUCGGGCACUGCGGGAGCAAAUGCACCUACACUGUGGGACCUGCCACCUCCAGCAGCUCGGGCUUGUCCCUGCUCCAAGCUCUUCCCUGCUCUCCCUUCCUAGCCUGGUCUGGGAACACACACUACAGGACACUGUCCCGGACUCCGGCAGGUGAGCCAGUGGCUGUUUGACCCCAAAUCCUUGCCUGAGCCUGAGGGCUUGUCUACACACACCAGGGCUCCAGAAGGACUAGUAUGAAUUAAUUCUGAUAAUAGUUAUUUCGGUGCCAGUUUUAAGUAUACCAGCCUAGUCUGAGCUUUGUCCCUUUUUAAAAAAAAAAACACCCUAAUUAUUUUUUUCUCAUGCCAUACAGGCGCCCUCUCCCCUCCUCAGCUCUACGAGCCCUUCAGCUCCAAGGGAUCCCCGGGAUUUGUUUUCACUCUGAACAGAUAAAGGCCUCAAGAAGUUUAGGUUGCGUUGGUUUUUUGUUUUGUUUUGGUUUUUUUUAAUUAUUUCCCUAAGGAACUGGUGCAGAUCAGGUCUGAUUUAUAAACAAGCAGCUCAGCUGUGUAAAUGUGGGGACAGAAUGUUCAGAUAAUGUUUCAAAAGGAAAGGCAAAAAAAAAAAAAAAGUUGUACAGUAUUUUUCCUGUAAAGGUUAUUACUAUAUAUAGAACAAAAGAGAAACCACCAAUGCCAGGGGGAUGAGGGGGGGUCACCUGCCUUCUGGAUAGCCCUUAGAUAUGGUUAAUUGUGUGCAAUUUUUUUUUUCUCCUUUUUUUUUUUUUUUUAUUUUUUUCUCUCUCCUUCAAUGUAGUGUUUGUUUGUAGGGGGUGGCAGGGGAGGGGGGGGCCUUAACGCUGCGGUUUGAGGCUGACUUGACACUCCCAGCACUGACCGGAGCUGCACGGUUCCGAAUUCUAACUUGAAUUUUGUAGAGAUGAAACAAAUGAAAAAAAAAAAAAAAGAAAAAAACGAAAACAAAUGAAAUAUUGUUAUUACUAGUUUGUAGUUUAUUUAAUUCUUUGGAGUUCUUUUCCUCUAUCAGCUAUUUGUGUGGCUUUUAUUUUUAUAGGGGUUUUUUUUUUUGUUUGUUUGUUUUUGUUUUGUUUGGUAUAUCCCCUGCCCUCAGCUGUGUGUUUCCUAGCACAACCUGAUUCCUGAAUAGAAUGAAGCUCAUGUUCCUGGGGCAGAGUGAUGGAAUGAUGCCCUGGAAUUUCUCAAAAUGGGAUGGGGCAGAAAAAUAUUUAACUUUACCAGCAUUUGCUGCAGGUUCUGUACUUGUACAUUUUCCCCAUGUCCAAUACUUAGAUAGGAUGGUGAUGGGCUCCAGGAGGAAUCCUUGGAUGUAACACAAAGUCACAUCUUGCAAAGCAGAUGUGAUGAUUUUGUACCACUGAAACACAGGAUGUCUGUCAGUGACUGUGGGAGCAGCACCGAGCCCUGCCCGGUGCCAGGGCCAGCGCGGGGCUCCCUUGGGCCACUCGUGUCCUUGGGGACAGACGGGCCCUGUCCCUGCUGCCGGGAGCUGGGAACCUGCACCAGGACACAGCGUUGUACCUCUCCCCUUUCAUAUCUCACCAGACUCCAGGAGUCACUGCACAGCAGUGGGGAAAGCAGGAAAGCAGAAGUGUGUGGAGAGAGGGGGUGACGUGUCCAGCAGCUCUGCCUGGCGUUGGCCAGGACACAUCCCGGGGGCAGGAGCGGGCCGGGAUCCGCCGGGAUGGGCCCGGUGUCACACGUCCUUCUGUGGGGCCCAGCGUGCCACAAGGGCCUGUGUUUAUCUAUGCACACCAUUUUCUCCCCCAAGGCGCCCUUACUUCUCCCUGAUAUCUCAGCCCUUCUCCCAAAGUUCUGUCCCCUCUUCUCCGGGAGCUGGCACAGGGAACAAGAGUUCUUUCCCCCCAGGCUGCUGCUCCAGGUGGCCCCUGGGCAGGGUCAGGUGCCCUGGCAGGACAGUGGCCACCGGCCGGGCCGGCCCCAGAGCAUCCUCCUCCUGCUCCUGUAACUCUUACACCGUCUCUGUUCGCAACAACAACAACAACAAGUCAACAAGGUUAAACCCGACUUUUUAUUCUGCCAUGUCCAGGCUUUAAUUCAGCAAAACCCUUAAGCAGAUGACUCUGAGCGGGCCCAGGUUUAAGCCUGAGCUUAAGUGCUUUUCUGAACCAGGGCCUCAGCAGCCCAAGGACCCCGUCAGAGCAGGCGUUUGUCACUCCAAGCUCUCGUAUCAGUGGGACUGUCAAUGCUGUUGAAAUAAUGUGCUUAAAGAAUGACCAGAGAAAGAGAGGGAGAUUCAACUGACUCUGUGAGGAGGGGAAAGAGGAGAGAGGAAACGGAACUGUUCUGUCCAAAACAAGAUAAAAAAACCAAACAAAAUAAACCUUGAGAUGGACCCUCCUGAUUCUGCUACCAUUCACUGCUGAAGAGCAAAAAAAAAAAAAAAAAAAAGAAACAAAAACUAUU